CAAAUUCGCGAAGCUCCGAAGUCUCCAAUCCACCUGUAGAUUUUCCCGGCAGAUUUUUCCCUCACUUUCUCUCGCAUUUUCUCGCCGGUCCUGCUGCUCGAUUUCGCCGGAAGCAUCCAUCCCAGAGCCUGCCUACGCGCCCCCCCCCCCCCCUCCCCCUAUGGCCGAAUGGAGCCAGAUGCCGGAGGACCUCCUCGGGCUCAUCGCGCGGCGCCUCGACGCGCAGUUCGACGUCCUCCGGUUCCGAUCCGUCUGCUCCUCGUGGCGUUCCGCGGCGGCGCCGAGCCCCAGCCCCUCCCGGCGCGGCCGCUUCCCGAUCCUCCCGAACGACGGGAUCUCCGACGCCGCCUGGGGGUUCCACCUCUCCAAGCGCACCAUCUUCCUCCUCGGGGUGCCCCGAUCCCGAUCCCGAUCCCCCGACCAGACCGCCCCCGGCGGGUGGCUGCUCAAGGUCAAGGAGGACGUCCCCCGGAGGAUGAACCUCCUGAACCCUCUCUCCAGGUGCCAAUUCACUCCUCUCCCCGAGGAUUUCCCGAGAGUUUUGGAUCUGUUGAACCUGCAAGUGCUGGAGCUAGGGCACGAGUAUGUGUUGCAGUACAUGAGUUACCGCCCUGGCGGUAACGAUGGUCAUCUGUACAUGGAGAAGGUUGUCUUUUUGUGUUUGGACAAUGAAAAUGACUUCGCGCUGCUCACGAUUCACGUGUCUGGGAAAUUGGCCAUGUUUAAAUCUGGGGAGAAGCGGUGGUCCAUCAUUCAGGACAUGCCGUCCCCGUACGACGACGUGAUACUGUUCAAGGGGGAGUUCUAUGCCGUCGACGGCACCGGGAGGACCGUGGUUGUCGGGUUGGAUCUGGGUGUGAUCUUGAUCGCGGAGUCGAACUUUGGUGGGGACAAGAAGUUCUUGGUGGAAUCGGUGGGCGAGCUGCUGUUGGUCGAUAUGUAUUUGAGCCUGGAUGCGGAGAAUGAUCACGAUGGCGUGGUCGCGGAAUUGGCAGAGGAUUUCGAUUACCUUCUGAGGGAGAGGACGGUCCGGUUUAAGGUCUACAGGUUGGAGAGAGAAGAGAAGGCAUGGAAUGAGGUGAAAGAUUUAGGGGAUAGGGUGUUGUUUCUGGGAGAUGAUUGCACAUUUUCCGCUUCGGCUGCGGAUUUAAGGGCUUGUAAAGGGAAUUGCAUUUUUUUUGCGGAUAAUUGGGAAGUGGAAGGAGCUUCGAAGAGCACUGAGAUUGGUGUCUAUGAUAUGGAUAGUGGCAUUAUUGGACCUUUAGAAGAUUAUGCAGGUUAUUCAGAGCUGUUCUGGCCACCUCCGGAUUGGAUUGCUUCAAGGACCUCGGAAGUUCAAAAUCGAUUGGAAGCAGUGGCAGUGUAAUGCAGAGGUUGGUCUUCUUGGAUAUGGGGUGUCGCCGCAAUCGAAUCGUUCACGGCAUUGUACAUGAAUAACGCAGUAAGAACGGACUAGAGAGGUUGAUUCAGCUGACUGCAUGGGACCAAGGCAACUACUAUCGAUGAUUAAAGAAGGCAAGAAGGUAGUCUGGUUAGGCGACAAUGCAUCCUCUGAAUAACUGAUCAUGCGAUCAAAUUCUCAGAUCCACCAAAAGGACCUACAUCUUUGCACAGGUCUUUGUUAUAUAUUUGUCUGUUUAUUAAGGAUUUCGCCAGACGAAAUUACUCUGCUCCCUAGACUCUGCGGCCUAUGUUAAUUGAUGCAGAAGCAGAGGGAGCAGUUCGGUGUACAUAGAUUGCAAAGGCCAUUAUUGUUUGAGCUAUAGAAAGUAUGGUCUUGUGACUA